AUGUCGCAGAUGGCGCAGAUGGCGCAAACAGAGACUUUGCUCAGCGACUACAUCAAUUUCAAUGACCAGAACAUCGGCCUCAGCGGCAAUGAGCUGAUCAAUAAGGAGCUCACUUUUUGUGCUGCCGCCGCAGUCAGCCGUCUUUGCGAUGAGCAGGAAAAGGGCGUGGACAUAGCUGAGUGUAUCCAGCAAAGAGAAGAGUUCAAGUUCGUCAAGGAACUUGGUAUUAUCUCUGCAGUCUACACUACUGCUCCAAUCAGCAAGCAGAAAGAGAUCAAGUCCACGCCUCCUAUUCUCGCAUGGUCUGAUCGCCUGCAGACAGUCUUCUUGGGCAUUAGUUGCACUCGCGACAUGAAUGAUCCCAAGCUGAACCUUAGUGUUCGCGCUCAGGCGGCUGAUGCUGUUGGCUCCCGCUUUUAUCAAGGCCUUAUUGAUAGGAGCGGCGAGUUUGUACCGCUUAUUGAAUGGCUCACGCGACGAUACAAAUUGGUUAGGUGCCCUAGCAACGGCUUCGUCUUACCUCGCUGUAUUUGA